UUCCUUAAUGCACGACUUUGAGCUGUUCAUUUCGAGGUUUAGUUUGCUAAAAAGCUGACACGAACAUGAGGUCUACUAGACCUAAUAUUUGUUUGAAUCUUUGUUUUAAAUUUGUUGCUAUAUCUGGGAGAUGGUAUUCAUGACAUAAGAUGCAAAAUCCACCGUGUACUAUUGAUCUCCUACGUUCUCCUUUUCUACCAAAAAAGGAGGUUGAGCCAGUGAGGAGACAUGGAAGAAAUAGGUCCCAAUUCAUGCGCAAGGCCAUCGUCAGAGAAGAAAGCAAAACCACAAGAGCAAUUGAAUUGUCCAAGGUGCAGUUCAACGAACACAAAGUUCUGCUAUUACAACAAUUACAGCCUCACACAGCCAAGAUAUUUCUGCAAGACUUGUAGAAGGUAUUGGACAGAAGGUGGUUCUCUCAGAAACGUCCCCGUUGGAGGUGGCUCCAGGAAGAACAAGAAGGCCACCUUAUCAAAGGUUCCUGACUUGAAUCCACCAGUCUCGGCUAUUUCUUCCCAAAACCCUAAAAUGCAAGGAGUCCAUGAUCUUAAUUUGGCUUUUCCUGCAGCUAUUGACAAGUAUCAUGGCAUGUCCCCAUAUGCUGAGAUGCCGAAACUUGAAAUCGGUGGUGACAAUACCAGUCACCACCAUAGCCCUUCUUCUGCUCCAACUUCUCUUUCACCGACAUAUGGCAUGUUGCCCAGGGGUUUGAAUCCUUAUGCUCCUAAUUCCUUCAUGCCAAACUCAGAUUCACUUUACACACCGAUCUAUCCCAUGCAAGAAAUUAAACCAAACCUUAGCUUUUCAGUUGAUGGGUUUGGAAAUAGAGCACACGGGGUUCAAGAGAACGGUGGCGGCGGAAGGCUUUUGUUCCCUUUCGGAGACAUCAAGCACCUUUCUGCAGGUGUUGAAGUUGAACACAAUAAAGAACAAGGAAAUAAUCCAACUGGAUACUGGACCGGAAUCAUCGGUGAUGGGUCAUCAUGGUAAUUAAGUAACGAAAGAACUAUUGGGAGAACAUGGAUCAAACCUGCAUUGUUUUCUUUAUCUUCACUCUUUCCUUUUAUCCUUUCUCACGUGAAUCAUUAUGAUCUAUUUGUUUGAAGUUGUUCAGAUCACUAACAAUAGGAUACAUCUGGUUACUCUGUUCUGUAUACAUUACUACUACUACUACCACGUUUCUAUGUGAGCAAUGUGAGGAUUUGUCUGCUCAUCUUGGUUGUUUUUCCAUUUAGAGAGAGGUAGAUAGAAGAAGAGGUGAAUAUAGGGUCUAAUUUUGUCCAGGUCAUGCACUAGCCUGUAUUCAGUAUUCUUCUGUCAAGAGUAGAUAUAUAUCACCUUUAUUGAUG